CCCAGUCGUGUGCGGUCUGUCACCGUUUCACGUUAAUUUCGUCUCGUUACUCGACGUUAUUGCCUCCCUCCUUCCCUCAGUGACAGACCAGAAAAAAGAAGCCCAUUAUCCCGCGAAAUCGACGAAAGUUAUUUAUCCAUUACCCUGUGUUCAUCGGCUACUUUGUGGUCUCAGACGGAAAGAAGUCAUCAAUCUUCCGGAUGAUUACCAGCACUCAUAAAUCCGUCGUCGUGAGACUAAACCCUGUGAUUGUACCAUUGCGGAAACGGCGGUGAUAAUUUCCGAUGGAAUUCAAGGACAACACCUGCAGAUGAGUUAUUAUAGACAGUUUAUCUCGGAACCGCGAAAUUCUAUGGUGGAACCACGCACGAGUUUCCAUCGUCGCCGAGGUGAAAUCUACCUGAUCGUCACCUCGCAGCGCGAGCGUGCGAUCUUCGAAUUAUUUCCAAUCUCGCUGAGAAAUUCGCGCGACGCACAUUCGCGACAUUGAUAAGAGAUAGUGGUCACCAAGAGGAUCAACCGGUCGUUGUCUUCUUUGCACAAUUGUAAGCUGCGGGAUUUGUCAGGAUCGUCUGGAUUUUGUCUGGGAAUCUUGUAAAUCACACCUGGAUAGCUUUAAUAAUCCGCCGAUAAGUCAUUAUCUCGUUAUAUUAUAAAUAUAGGCCUUUAAGAAAGGAAGAGGCAGAAGGGUACGAGACCUUGGAUAGAACUUAACAGCUCUCACUCGACCACGAAGUUCACGUGAGCGUUUCGUGCUCCAUGAGAAGAGGGAAAACAGAAAGAGACAGAGAGAAAAUAAAGGCCUUCGAGAGUCUAAACCAGAAUAAUAAAGUAAAGCGUCAUUUUAAACAAGAGGACCAAUAUUUUCAUUUGAGCAGAAUGACAAUGUGAGGAUUCGGCGUACUCCAACGUCGUCAGAGAAAGAAAUAAACGUUCUUCGUAAAUUAAGCAUCUACGUUCACGUCCACGUCUCAGUACACACAAAAUCACCAUGGGUCGAAAGGAGAAAGAGCAAUCGGGCAAUCCCAUGACGGAAUUCAGUAGCAGCACGAAGAUAGCCCCGAAUAUCGGCGAAUAUAAAGAAAAGGAUGAACUAUACGAUCCCUUUGAGCAUCGCGAUAAGCGACGUUCAACUUCGGACCUGGGCUCCAUGAUGCAUCUCCUGAAGUCCUCUCUGGGGACAGGAAUCCUGGCUAUGCCGCACGCGAUAAAGAACGGCGGGCUGCUAUUCGGCGGGAUCGGUACGAUCAUAAUCGGCAUAAUUUGCUCACAUUGUGUGCACAUACUGGUGCGCACGUCUCACGUGCUCUGCCGGCGCACCAAAACGCCACAGCUGUCGUACGCCGAGACAGCGUACGCGGCCUUUCUCUGUGGGCCGAAGCCGAUCAGGCCUUGGGCCAACGGCAGCAAGAUAUUCGUGAACACGGCGCUGUGCGCGACAUACGUGGGCGGCUCAUGCGUUUACAUCGUGUUUAUUGCUAAGACCAUUCAACAGAUCGCGAGUUUCUACACCAAGAGAGACAUAGAGAUACAGUUGUGCAUCCUCUCGCUGAUCCCAGCGUUGAUACUGCUCGGUCAAGUGCGCGAUUUGAAAUAUAUGAUGCCGUUCUCGAUGUUGGCGAACAUCUUCAUGAUAUCCGGCUUCACGAUCACGCUCUACUACGUCUUCAGUAGUAGCAAUCUACUAUCGUUAGAGAAUAAGAAGCUAAUCGCCCGGGUGGAGGAGCUGCCCCGUUUCUUCGCGACUGUGAUAUUCGCCAUCGAAGGUAUCGGCGUUGUGAUGCCCGUGGCGAACAACAUGAAACAACCGCAUCACUUUCUGGGAUGCCCUAGUGUACUCAACGUCACGAUGACGAUAGUCGUGUGUCUGUACGCCAUGAUGGGGGUGUUCGGUUACCUCGCGUACGGCGAAAAUUCUGAGGCCAGUAUCACGUUGAAUCUGCCAACGGAGGAAACUCUAGCCCAGGUGGUGAAGAUCCUCAUUGCCGCGGCCGUUCUCUUUACCUACGGUCUGCAGCUCUUCGUGCCGCUCGAGAUCAUAUGGAAUGGCAUAACGCACAGGUUCAGUCAUAAGUAUGCAGCCAUCGGCGAGACGUCGAUGAGGGUAUUCAUAAUUAUGCUAACAGUGGCCAUGGCGGUGUCAGUGCCCGAUUUAGAUCCGUUCAUUUCCCUAGUCGGUGCAAUAUUCUUUUCUAUCCUCGGCAUCAGUAUACCAGCUGUCGUCGAGACGAUUUCGUGUUGGGAGAGCCAUUUAGGCACCUUCAAAUGGCGGCUAUGGAAAAAUUCUUUUCUAUUUAUAUUUUCGAUAUUAGCGUUAAUAUUCGGUUCGUGGAUCUCAGUGCAAGAUAUAAUCAAGUAUUAUAGUACGAGUAAGGAUUGAUAAGUUUUAGUAUUUUAUUUAGCGUUUUAUCUGAAUUUCAUAUACAUCUGGAACUCCAGUGUCGACAAGAAACGCGGUUUUUAAUGAGAAACAACUAUUUAGCGUGAUAUACUUUUGUAUAUCCUCGUUAUUUGCGUUUGUAUUUGACUCGUGGAUCUCAGUGUUAAAUAAUGAACUAUUAUAGUUGAUAAUAAAUUUUACUGAGUUUAUUGUUUCA